AUUCUUGAAGCACUAGGAUAUAGUAGUACCGAGGAGCCGAUUUCUCGUGCAUACGUAUCGCUUGGACAGAACCGCAGAAAGAUCAACUGUGCAAAAGUCUACUCCGGGUUCUAUGAGACUGGUCGUAAUCGUGUACCAUUUAUGGUGGUUGUUAAAGUUGGCAACGCCAGGGAAGCCUCAGGAACUCGUGUGCCAGGAAACCGUGGUAAAAGAGAUUCGAUGGUAUUGGUACUUGGAUUCUUGGAACGAUGUAUGAACCUAGCCAGCAACCGCAUGACUCCUUUGGAAUACGAACUAUUCAACCAAUCAUACAAUGUUCUUGGUCUUGACCCACGAAAUUUUAAGUAUAUGCUUCUGACCGACGCUGACACUCAGGUACAAUCUGAUGUUGUUCAAAAGAUGGUAACCCGGCUGGAAAACGACCGCAGUAUGCUAGCUAUUAGCGGACAUAUACGACCAGCCAAUCCAGAGGAAAAUUUUGUUACUAUGCUCCAGAUAUUCCCCCUUUACCUAACGAUGUUUUCAAGUCUUGCAUAUGAAGCAUGUAUGGGUAGUGUAAUUACAGUCAAUGGAGGCUUUGAAUCAUACAUAUCUUUAUCGCCGAAAAACAACGUUCGUCCUUGUUGUAUUCAUCCUACCGUUUUGCGAGGGUUUGCGACACCUCAAGCCGAUACUCUUCACAUGAAGAACGUUCUAUUACUCGGAGAGGAACAGUUCUUUGGAAUUGUUCUUUUACGAUCUCACCCCCACCAUCGCCUUGGAUUCGAACCAGAAGCUAUUGCAUACUCUACAAUACCUACCAAUUUAUUUGCCCUUCAAGGACUACAGAGUCGUAACAUGCGCGCUGCCUUUCACAAU